CGGGAGGGCAACAAAGAGCUGGAAUGAGCGACCUCGUAUCUCUUCUAGGUGGCCUCAUGUACGAGUGAUGUCUUGAGUUGACGAGUUGGCGUAUCGAGAGACUGUAAGGGCUGACUCGCUUGCUGACUCGAUCAUUCCCAAAGGAAUGGGGUCAAAACCCCCCUGACAACCUGACUUGUACAUUUCAACGUGAGCUUCAUCUUCAUACCUCCUAGCCCUCAGAACCAAUGGACUCCAAUUCAACUCCCGAAGCCUACCAAGGACCGACGCGAUCAGCCAAGCUCAAGCCACCUCGAAGACCGAAAUUGGAAGACAUCAAACUCGCGCACGUCCUCAAUGGUCAUACAUGCCCCCCGAUAAGUUUCACAGACUUUGCAUCCUACCUCGCCAAGAGAGAAAUGACAUUGGAGAAUCUCCUGUUUGUUCUCUGGUUCAGGUCAUACUCUCAUCGAUGGGCUCAAGCUUCCGAUACUCAUCGAGUUCCUGUUCCUCUGACUGAACUACACCACCGACACGAUCCAUUUACCCACUUGACAGUCUCGCCUGAUUCAUGGCUCGACCCGAUCGAUCAGCCUAUGCGGGAUGAGGCUCAACGAGCGUUCGCUACGUUUUUCCAACAUGGUGCGACCAGAGAGUUGAACUGUACAGAUGAUUUGAGAGGAUUCGUAGGCACUUGCUUGAGACGAAGCACAGCGCCUGAAGUGUUUCGACCCGUCUAUGACGAGGUGUAUGGCACGCUCGAGAUGCAAUCACUGCCCAGGUUUAUCGACCUCAUUCGAUCUAAUACCAAUUGGAAGAAACAAGGAUACUGGUGCAUGGUCGGAGCCUUUGACCUGCUCUGUGGUAUCAUCCUCUUUGUCCUCCUUACGCUCUUCCUCAAGCCUACACAUUUUUCUCAACGUGCGAUUCGACUCCCAUCUGCCAUUUUUGUCUGGUUUGGUUCUGGAUCGCUCUACUCAGCUUAUAGAGGUUUCUGCAGCCAUGUCUGGGGACGAAGCAGUAUGCAGAUCAAGCCGUGGGAGCUUGACGAGUGGGCAAGGAGAGAGGACGGUACAGCAGAAGGAUGAGGUCAUCAGCAGGGUGCAGGUCGGGCAGAGGACAGAACAACCUAGUCAGUCUACUCUGACAGAGUCCUUUGGGUUUCACGAGAAUGAAUAGGCGAGGGAUGUACUGUGCA